AUGGAAGAUCAUUUAAAUGAAUCAUCUGUCUUUACUGUCGAUCCUCAUACCAGCUUUUUAUCUGUAUUUGGUGAAAAUCGUAUAGAAAAUCUGGAUGAAUCCUUGAAAAUAACUGCCAAACAAUCACAAUGUGAAGGCGGUAUUCAUCCUCAAGGCUCUCCUGCUAGCAAGUUGGCUUAUACACUUCAGAAAGAGAUUGAUAACUUUUGUAGACUAAAUCCAAAUUUUCCUCCACCUAAUAAUCCACCUCAACCAAGAGCCACUCUUUUGAUUGUCGAUCGUUCAAUUGAUCCUGCCGCACCUUUAUUGCAUGAGUUUACAUAUCAAGCUAUGAUUAGUGAUUUAUUACCUGUACAAGAUACAGAAAAUCAUAGAGGCAUCAAAUAUUCAUAUGAAUUUCAUCAAGCAGACGGAUCAAUGGGUUCAAAAGAUGUUAUCCUGGAUGAAGAAGAUAAUAUCUAUACCUCUAUUCGCCAUAUGCAUAUUGCUGAAUGCUCAGAUCGUUUGAUAGAAAAAUUUAAUGAAUUUUUAUCUGAAAAUAAAGCUGCUGUAGGCGCCGGAAAUUCAGGUCCAAAAAAUGCAGCUAAAAGUUUAAAAGAAAUGAAGGAAAUGUUAACAAACCUUCCUCAGUAUCAAGACUUGAAAGCCAAGUACUCAGCUCACUUAAGUAUAGCACAGGAAUGUAUGUCUUAUUUUGAAAGACACAAAUUAAAUUCCGUCGGAAAUUUGGAACAAAAUAUGGCAACAGGGGAAACAGCUGAAGGAGAGACACCAAAAACGAUUGUUCUUGAUAUGGUACCUCUUUUAGAUGAUCCGCAUGUUAGCCCUGUUGAUAAAGCGCGUUUACUUAUGCUAUAUAUUAUUUGGAAAGAAGGCGGUAUUUUUGAAGACGAUAAGAUCAAAUUAUUGGAACAUGCGAAACUAAAGGGAGAGUUGCGUGAUGCUAUCAACAAUUUACCACUAAUAGGUGUCAAACUAACUCGUAUUCGUCGACAAGAAAAAGUAUCAUUUUUAAAAAAGAGAAGACAACGAAGGAAUAAAGAUGAAGAAGCUCCCUAUGAACUUUCUCGUUAUGUUCCUAUUUUGAAGAAAGUAAUGGAUGCACAUUUUUCUAAUAUGCUUGAUCCUAGUCAGUUUGCUUUUACUAGAAAAUCUGAUAUGGAUUCAUCUGAAGAUGGAUAUGGUCAUUCUCCUGGUCGUAGUGGUAUGGCUCUAAGUGGUGUCUCACUUCGUACUACUAAACCUACUUGGUCUAGAAAAUCAAAUAGUACAAUUUCGAAUUCUUCACGUGUUUCAACUGGAGCCAAAUUAAUUAUAUUCGUAAUUGGUGGUGCAACUUAUUCUGAAAUUCGAUCAGCUUACGAGAUAGCAGAGACAUACAAUCGUGAUGUUUUUAUCGGCACAACAGAGAUAUUACGUCCUGCUUCAUUUGUUGAACAUCUUAGUCAAUUGAAAAAGCCUAUUCCUUUGACAGAAACUAUAAUUGCACCUUAUGUACCCCCUACUUCAUAUUCAAAAUCGAGUGAUCCAGUGAGUAAAACUAGCUCACUCAUGUCACAUAUGCAUCUUAACUCUUCAUCUUCUCGCAUAAGUCAUAAGAGUUCCAAUAUGUCACUUACUGGAUCUGAUAAAACAAAUACAGCAGUACAACCCGAAGAGAAGGAAAAGAAAAAGAAAAAAGGAUUGAAAAGAUUUUUUUAA